CGUCUCACUGUUUCAGUCUGCUUUAUUUCGCCUCUGCAACGCUGAGACGGAUGGAGUAAUAUGUUACGAGCAAGACGGUGUGGAUGAUAACAGGCGCAGCUGUCCUAUCGAGGACGCUGAUGUAGACGAAGGCACAGCCGUGGAGCCACUUGACACGGACGCACAGCCUCCCUUGCUUCCUCCUUUCCAUCGCUUCCUGUCGCCUUCACCACUGUGGGAAUGCAGCGUAGGUAGAGGAACACUGACGCGUAAGCACACACACACCAUCAGAGACUAGCUAGGAGUUGGGCUAAACGCGGUCUCCUCCGGACAACCCCCUCCCUGGACACGGAUGAAGGAGGUCUGCGUAACGAAUCGACCCUCGACGGAUCAUUGGGAUUAUUCCAUCGACACACCCGCCCAUAUCGUUGGCGGAAACGGUCCAUCGUCGCCGCUGUCUGGAUUUCAUCUUCCAUCAUUUGUAUUCUGGAUUAUGACAUGGAAACUCGAUAAUGGACACGCAUUCGAUUAUCCGAAAAUGAAAGGUGACGUAGAAACGCGGGCAUAGCGGGCCGACUGUUAGCAUAUCAAGAGCCGUGCAGCCAUGUAUAUAGCUAUGGAAAAGGGCGGUUGUUGAUCGGCUCACUUGGAAAUCAAUGGCGCCAGUCCUCAGCUCAGUACGCAGCUAAUGACUUACCACAGUUUUUUGUUUUCGUUUGUGCAUUUCUUUUAAUUGUACCAAGGCAUUACAGUAUUUGGAUUAUUUGGAUUAACCAUAGCUUUGUUAGUGGUAAAUUACCGUGAGGCCCCCCACAACACAGUGACGAUUCGCCAACCCUCCACCGACCACCAGUCCAUAAAUAUGAAUUGUGUAUUUCUUCGUUUGCAUUUUGUUAAUGAACCAUACUCUCUUAUUUUGUGCCCCUGGGCAAACUGGCCACCUGUUUGACCUCAGCAAUAGCUAAGAGUGGUCAAACUAUCACAAGCAUGAGUGACAGAUCGGGUACUGGCACACUAGCACCGAUGAUGCUGGAUGAGACUGGUAAUGGACAGGCUUCUCCCCGAGCCCCAGGGCCCCUACGCUGUGGUCCCUGUGCCAUAUGGCCUCGUCAGCAGACCUGGCUGUGUGCCGUCCCACUGAUUAUGGGCUUCGUGGGACUUGGCCUCAGUCUCAUGUUGUUGAAAUGGAUUGUUGUUGGAUCUGUUCGAGAUUAUGUUCCAACUGAUCUUGUGGAUCCUAAAGGUAGCAUUGGGCAGGACCCAAUAUUUCUUUCCAAACCCAGUGCCAUGCCCAAAGGGCCAGAUUCGUUAAACAUUACCACGACAACAGCUGCAGCUGCCACAGAAACGAUAGUAAGUACAACACCUCUAGCUGCAGAUGUAACUGCCCGUGCACCAAGAUCUCGAUCUGGACCACCAGCUAACCACUCAUCAAAUGGCAGUACUGCCAACGGAGAGAGCAACCGAGCCCCGCAUCUUCACAACCAAAUUGGCAGCCGUUUUAGCGAGACUGUUGUUGCUACUUUUACCACUCCUUCGACACAUUUUACGUCUGUAUUUAGUGGCAAGGAGGGUACACCUCGCAGUAACGUGAGAAAAGGAAUUCGGAAUGGACGACAUGGACCUGGGAACAUGAGGCCUGGAUCAGGCUCCACAUCAGUUACACCUACUUUUUAUACAACUACUGCAAGUACUGGGAAGACUGACACCAAGGUGACUACCUCGCUGCCAUCGGCCCCUGUAAAGCCAACGUCGCGCUUGAGUCAUGGUCGCCAAGGCAAGGUUUCAGUGACAAGGCCACACCACCGCUUUAAAACACCUAGCGCACCCACCUCGCCCAGCAUUCGUUCUGAGGUCUUCAAGCCAUGCGUGGAAGACAAAGAUCUGGCCUUCUGUCUGAAUGAGGGUGUUUGUUCCAUCAUCGAAACAGUUGCUGGAGUACAUCGACACUGCAGGUGCAAGGAAGGCUACCAUGGAUUGCGUUGUGACCAGUUUGUGCCAAAGACAGAUGCCCUUCUGUCAGACCCAACGGAUGAACUUGGGAUUGAGUUUAUGGAGAGCGGUGACAUUUAUCAGAGACAAGUCCUGUCCAUCUUCAGCAUUGCCUCGGGGAUCUGUCUUCUUGGGGUGGCAUGUAUGGCUCUCUACCACCGCAAUAAAAGACAUCGGGAAAAAAUUGUGGCUCAUUUCAUGGACCGCCGCACCUUGAGGGACUGUUCUGUUAAUGCCUCCAGUCUCAUGUCCAAAUCAGCUGCAAGACAUCAUUUGGGCCAACAAUCUCCAAGGUGUUGUAGUGAUGUAGUUCACCAGCGAACCACUACAGCACCAGUGGCUCUGCCUUCUCUCUUCAGAAUUCUGGCUGCAGGAAAAAACUUCAGGAAGGGCUCACUUACUUUCUACCCGAUUCAACGACAGAAAGAAAUCAGUGUCUUCAGCACCCCGCCCAUUUCAAGAGGAAAACUAAAAUUACUGACAAAUCUCAGUGAUAAAGUGGCGAAGUGCAGACAUUUCUAUAGACCCCUGCAGGAUGAUGAAACAAGUGAUCAGGGGCCUGUCUUAAGACGAUGUUCCGCUGCAGAGAGAAUGGAUGAACUGCCUAAUAGGACCAGGUAUUUUAAAGGAAGAGAAGGUGGGAAGCAGGUUCCCUGCACCUGUCUGAAUAAAGCAACAAGCAGCCCUCCGUCCCUCCGUACCUGCCCGGUGCCCAUAAUACCCUCACUGCAAGCAUAUGACACCGCGGGAGUGCCGAAAAGCCAAAAUGAGGGGAUCCUUAAAUACACCCCUGUGGUUUCUACAAAGGGGCAUCCACUCGCUCUUCCCUGUGAAAAUGUCGUGGCAGUACAGGGUUUUACACCAAGUCAAGUGGAAUCCGAAGCUUCCACACUGGAAUUUUUACAGGUAUUCAAACAGAGACACAUGUCCCGCUCUGUGGCACAGUCCAGGUCUACUCACGGGGACCCUUGUGUGGACACAAAGACAAUAAUGGCUGUGCAGCAUCCAGGAGAGACCAGUGUUCAACAUUCACUUCUACACUCUAACAGCUGGCCAAUUUGUUCAAAGGCAGCUGGCCAAAGAGUAAUGCAGGACUGGUUUCGAGGCUGCAACUUCACAGAGAAUGGAAGAACCAAAUCCCUUACCAGCUGAAUUUGAUUGUGCAGAUAUAAGAACACUGUAUCCAGAAAUGAUUACAUAUGCUGAUGCCUAGAAAUCUGAUGUCCUGACGUGACCAGUUUCACAGGACCGGUAACAGGACGCCAUCCAAGUUUAUAUAACGAAUUAAAAUGAUGGAACUACUCACAACAUAUGGCACACAAUAUUAAAAGACAUAAAGAAAACAAGCAGACAUUGCGUGUUGUGAGUUCCAGAGACUAUACAAAAAGAUGCAAGUGGGAGCUUUACCUGGAAAGUGUGUUGGCGAAAAAAAUGACCACUAUGUUUUUUUCAUGAUUGUAAAGAAGACUAUAUAUAUAUAAAGUGAAAACAAUUGUAAAAACAAUUAAAUAAAGAUAAUGGUGUUAAUUGAAAGCUUGUUCAUUUACAUUUUAUGGUGUGUAACUCACAUUCUUUAAUGUUCAGAUGACUAAAUGAAGUUAUUGACUUAUGUCUAAUCUUGACCAGGGAGGAUGUGCAAAAUUGCACAACAUGCAUUCACGAUAAAUACAUAACAGAGGUCUGGGAUUACGAAUGUUCUUUUUAUUUAUUCUUUUAUGUAUUUAUCUGGAAGAUGGCAUUCUCCGGAUUUGGCAUUUUGAUAUUUCACAUUAGGAUUUUAAUGUGCAUUUUAUUAUGUUUAUGUUGAACAGUAGCUAUUUAUUAAAUUAUCAUUUAAUUAUGCUUCUACUAUAUUUUUUACAACGAUUUUUUAUCUCAAGUAUGAAUCGAUUACAAUUACGAUGAUAAUUAUAUAUAAUUUUAUUGUGUGAUCAAAUAUCAUGUUAACAU